UCCUUUCAAACUUUUGUAGCCAGUUUAAAAUUUAAAAUCGUUAUUUAUUUUUUAUUUAUUUAAAAUAAAAACAAUAAUACUUGAGUAACGGCGGGUAAAACUUAUCCAUGAGUAGCCGAUUUCAUUGGUCGGAUCGGGUGACUAAAACUAUCGAUCCUUUGCCAUCCCUUUCAAGUUUCGGCACGAGUUUUGCAGUCUUUUCAAGCUGUGUGCGGCAAAUGUUUAUAGAUCAGCGGAUGGAUGCGCCAACAAGCUCGACAUCAGUAAAUGGCCUCGAAAAUUUCUUUGGAAAUGGUUUUGGACUCUGUCGUCAGGGUUGCAGAGAUUGGGUAGUUUUCCGGGGGAGUAGAGGGGACUUUUUCUAUGGCAUUUGGGGCAAUAAGAAAAAUAAAAAGAAUGGUCGGCUAUGGCUGGCGCUUCACAAGCAGGAAGACAUUGUAAGGAAUCAAAGACGCGUUUUUUCAUGCACAAGAAUACUUGCACUUGUACUGCUACUUGUGUGUUUCGCCGUCUACUAAUGAAGACAUUUUGGAUCUUUCUCCUCGUCUUUGAUCCUCCAAUUCCCUUCGAUUGGUCCUAUGUUACAGCUGCACUCUCUUUUCCUGUCUGGACCUUUCUACCCUUUUUUAAAGAAACGAAACAAAACAUUUAUUUUUAUUUUUAUUUUCCUGAAAAAACAAGGAAUUAGAAGAGAGAAUUAGCUUUCAUUCCUAGAAAAAUACUUGCUUCGAAGCUUGUGAUGAUGGCUCGCCGAGCAGUAGAAGUGAUCUCUCCACCUCCCACGAAGCUUCAGAUUCAGGGCUCAUCCUCUUCAUCACAUUCUUCAGCUUUAUUCUUUUUCCUUGGAGGGAUUAUUUUUCUCAUUAUAUUGCUGAUUCUCAUAGUAGCGUUUUGGAAGUUUGUCAAACCUUCAGAGACAAUGAAGUUUUUACUGAGAAGAAAUAAAAAGCAGAAAGCUUCUGCUGAUUUCUGGAGUGGGAACCUUCGAACCAUAAGCUAUUUUGACUUCAAUACAUUGAAGAAGGCAACUAAAAAUUUUCAUCCUAGUAAUCUUCUUGGAAGAGGUGGAUUUGGACCUGUCUAUCGGGGAAAGUUAGCUGAUGGCAGAAUGGUGGCAGUUAAAAAGUUGUCUCUUGAAAAAUCCCAGCAAGGGGAAUCAGAAUUUCUUUCAGAGGUGAGGAUGAUCACAAGCAUCCAACACAAGAACUUGGUUCGACUUCUUGGGUGUUGCUCGGAUGGGGCCCAACGACUACUUGUGUAUGAGUACAUGAAGAAUAGGAGUUUGGACCUCAUACUAUAUGGAAAAAGCGAUCAUUUCCUAGAUUGGAAAACAAGGUUCCAAAUAAUUUUAGGGAUUGCUCGAGGAUUACAGUAUCUACACGAGGAUUCACACCUAAGAAUUGUUCACAGAGAUAUCAAAGCGAGCAACAUUCUUCUUGAUGAUAAAUUCCAACCUAGGAUUGGAGAUUUUGGGCUGGCUAGGUUCUUCCCAGAAGACCAAGCUUACCUAAGCACUACAUUUGCUGGAACUUUAGGUUACACAGCCCCUGAGUAUGCCAUUAGAGGAGAAUUGUCUGAAAAGGCAGACAUCUAUAGCUUUGGAGUGCUUGUCCUUGAAAUUAUUAGCUGCAGGAAGAACACAGAUCUAACUUUACCAUCAGAUAUGCAAUACCUCCCUGAAUAUGCGUGGAAAUUAUAUGAGAGGUCCAGUGUAAUUGAUCUAGUUGAUCCUAGAAUGCGAGAACAUGGGUUUGUGGAGAAAGAUGUGUUGCAAGCAAUCCAUGUAGCUUUCUUGUGUCUUCAACCUCUUGCAAACUUGAGGCCCCCUAUGUCAGAGAUUGUUGCCAUGUUAACAUGCAAGGUUGAAAUGGUGGGAACACCUGUUAGGCCGUCGUUCUUGGACAGGAGGAGUAGAAAAAAAGACGACUUUUCUUGGGAUACCAUAUCUGAAGUCUUCCCUUCUCCUCUGCCAAGCCAGUCCCCUUCAUUAACUCGACAAAAGAAGUGAGGUGUUUUCAUGUUUAGACAUCCUCUCAAGAAGAAAUGAAAGUGUAUAAUUAUGUGGAAGCAGCCUUUUUUUUUUUUU